UUUACCAACACUGGCCAGAGAUGGCGCUGUGAGAAAAAUGUCUCGAAAUUCGGAAAAAAUAAAUCUUAUUGAUGAAAGGACUUACAAAAAACUCCAGGAAAAGGAUAAUGGAGCCAAGAUAACGCCGCGCAGCGCCAAGUACAAAAACCAGCACAGAAAAGCGGAGCAGCAGCCGACGCUCCUGGACUUUGUGGUCAAGCCGCGCCAGACACAGAGGCAAAUCAAGGCCAGGAAGCUCAGGAAGCGGCCCCAUCUAACCAUAACAAGGUGUUCCUAUGUGGCACCCAAAGCCAAAGGCAAGACGCGUCUGGUGCCCAAGAAGAAGGUGACUAGGCUAAAGAAGUCCAUACGCAGGUUCCGCACAUUGAAAAGGGCUGAUGGAGAAACAGAAGAGAUCCCUCAAGAAGAUCACUCCGAGGAGUACCCCUCUGUGGAGUUACAAUUGCAGAAGCUGUCCCUAGAUGAAAUCACAAAAGAAGCUUCAGUAGAGCCAAAGAAAGUGCACUCUAUACAUUCCCGCCGCUUCAGAAGCUAUUGCGACAACUGCACCCGCCCCCGCCUCAAGCAGCUGGCCAUCCAGUUGCUCAAGGAUCUGGAUCGCUUCCAGAAACGUGCCUUUGCCAAAAACGAGAUCAAGGCGCGUGCUCAUCCACGUUUAGUUCUGGGAAUCCGCGAGGCCUUGGCCAGAUUGAGGAUACGCAAAGUGAGACUGCUGCUUAUGGCCACCGAUUGCGAGAUUUGUCCCGGUGAAAGUGGCCUGGAUGAGACUAUAGAGAAUUUGAAAGAACUUUGCCAGCAGCAGAGAGUGCCCUACUGCUUCCCUCUUGCUAGAAGGGAGUUGUCCUAUGCUCUCCAGAAGCGGGCACAAAUCUCCUGCGUGGCUGUUCUCGAUUACGAUGGAGCCCAAGAGGUAUACAGCGAUCUUCUGGGUGAACUAGAGGCUGCCCGCGAGGAAUACAAACGCCUGACUGCUGUUUCGUGAUAAUAAUUUUAUUCGGUGCCCGAAAGACAAAAAUAAAAGUGCUAGAAGGUGCCAAAG